AUGCGCUCCCGUGCUGCUCUCGCCCUGCUAGCUGUACCGACUGCCUCUGCGUGGGAACUGCCGUUCUCCAAGUUAUGGUCUGGGAACUCGGACCAGGUGCCGCUCGCUGUGCCCGAUGCUACUAUGGCGUCGAGUGCGGGUAGUCAGGUCCAGGGACCGCCGCGCAUUGCUAUCAUAGGCGCCGGUGCCGCAGGGUCCUCUGCCGCGUACUUUCUAUCGAAGGCAGUCGAGAGGUUUGGGAUAACCGUGGAGGUUGAUGUUUAUGAGCAAAACGACUACGUCGGAGGCAGAAGUACGACUGUAUACCCUUACGAUGAUAUGACACUUGAACCCGUCGAACUUGGCGCGUCCAUAUUCGUCGCGGUAAACAAGAACAUGAUGAGGGCUUCGGACGAGUUCAACCUCACGCGAAUAAACUUUGCGGCGGAUGAUAAUGAGCAGAUGGGUAUUUGGGACGGGAAGGAGUUCUUAUUCACACAAGGAACUCGAGGAAAUGGCUACUUUGGGUCGUGGUUCGACACGUUGAAGGUAUUCUGGCGAUAUGGCUACAGCUCUCCAGUAAAGGCACAAAACAUUGUCAAAGCUCUUACAUCCCGCUUCACCGACCUCUACCUCCCCACACCCCCGCGAUGGACCAACAUCACUUCCGUAGUCACCGAGCUCGGUUGGGCGGAUCAAGUCAUGCUGACCGGCGAAGAAUACUUCUCGUCCCAAGGCGUCGGCGAGAAGUUUAUACAUGAGCUGAUCGGCGCCGCGACACGGGUCAACUACGCACAAGACGCCGACAAGAUCCAUGCUCUUGAGGCUUCCGUGUCGUUGGCCGCCACUGGUGCGACAGCUAUCAAAGGCGGAAACUGGAAGGUCUUCGACCAGUUCGUCAAGCGGAGUGGUGCGAAGUUAUAUCUGAAGGACAAGGUGGAGACGGUGAAGAAGGUCAACGCCGAUACUUGGCUAUUACGCUCGGCUAGCGGCACAAGGCGUUACAAUAGCAUCAUCUUAGCUGCACCCGCACCUCUCGCCGGCCUCGAGCUUCCAGGCGAGCCCUUGACGCCCGUCGACUACGUGAACUUGCACGUCACGCUCUUCACUACGACUUCACCGCACGCCAAUCCGGAGUACUUCGGCUACAAACCAGGGUCGAAGGUGCCGGAGACGAUCUUGACGGCGAAGGGGACUGCGGAAUUCAAUAGUAUGACCUAUCACGGGCGUCUGAAGGAUGCGGAUGGUGUGCCGCUUGAGCCACCGCAAUGGGUCGUCAAGAUCUUCUCGAUGGAGAAGGUCGAGGAUGCUUGGAUUGAGAAGCUGUUCGGUCAUGAGGUAAAUUGGGUAUACCGCAAGCUCUGGCAACCCUACCCGGUCCUCCCACCGACGACCUCCUUCCCAUCCAUCAAACUCGACGACGGGUUCUACUACAUCAACGCCUUCGAACCCGCCAUCAGCACGAUGGAGACGGAGACGAUCGCAGCACGAAACGUCGUAGAGAUGGUGCUAGACGAGCUGUUAGGGCUGCCCGGACUUUGCCCGUUCAGGCCGAAGGCGGAUGAGGGAUACACGACGGAGGUGGAGGGGAAAGACUUUGUGUUUGGGUGGGACUGCCCUGAGGCACUCGCGGCCUCUGAGCCAGAUGCGGCUCCUGCACCGGAGACGCCCGCGACGCCGUCGGUGGACGUACCGGUGACGGUGGGGACGACGCCGACGGAACUGUGA